UUCUAAAUGCAGAUCACACCCGGAAGUUAACAACCACAACGUCAAUCGUUAAAGAAACUUUUUUUUUCAUGUAGCGAAAAUACGUCAGUCAAACAAAUGGUGUGAACGUGAAAUCUAUCCUUCCCAUCUUUUCUGCUACAUAUUUACACAGUACCAUACGGCCGCAUCCCGUGUGACCACAGAAAUGCCUUAUACAAUAAUUUACUGAAGUCUCCAUCGAUCGCGUCAUCGGGACGUCUUGUACACAAAUCAACUUGUCUAACAUGUUUUCGCGUAAAAUUCAUUGAACGUCCUUGUGAGGGCUAAACGUAAUUUGUCUCGGAGUGACCUGGAGCGUCGUCAUCAUGAAUUUCGAGGACAGCGCGAGUAGUGGCUAUGUCACGGCGGAGACGAUAUACGGGACACACGAGGAUUCGCACGUCGUGAUGUCGGAGAAGGUCCAGACCCUGGCCGGGAGCAUAUACCAGGAGUUCGAGCGCAUGAUAGCGAGAUACGAUGAGGAUGUGGUGAAAACGCUGAUGCCGUUGCUGGUGAACGUGCUGGAGUGCCUGGACUCGGCGUACCAGACAAAUCAGGAGCACGAGGUGGAGCUGGAGCUGCUGCGGGAAGACAACGAGCAGCUGGUGACGCAGUACGAGCGCGAGAAGGCGGCCAGGAAGCACUCAGAGCAGAAGUUGCUAGAAGCCGAAGACCACUACGAGGGCGAACGAAAAGAGCUAACCGGACGAUUAGAGGCGUUGGACAGCAUCGUUCGCAUGCUGGAGCUCAAGCACAAGAACUCACUCGACCACGCCAGCAGGCUGGAGGAACGGGAGAAUGACCUCAAGAAGGAAUACGCGAAACUGCACGAACGCUACACCGAGCUGUUCAAGACGCAUAUGGACUACAUGGAGCGGACCAAGUUGCUGCUUAGCACCGCCAGCGAGCGCAGCGAAGUCCGCGGCCGGCUCGGCCUCAACCCCGUCGGCAGGUCCAGUGGUCCCAUAUCGUUCGGUUUCGCAUCGCUAGAAGGCUCCGUGCACAUAGUGGAGCAAACCGAGAGCAUCCCGGGCAGUCCCGUCAGCCUGUCGUCGUCACCACCAUCGCCGACCAUCGGCUCCGAGCUGGCCGCCGUGCGGACCGUAGAGAGGGCCCAUCAGACCGACCCCGUCACGCAACAGAGCCAGGCCACGUCACCAGUUGCCCCGAACCAGUCAUCCGUCAGCAAAUCGCAGACCAAGAGCGAGAAGCGAAGCGGCAACACGCUGUAUCAAGAGCUGUCCUUCCACGACACGGACGCGAGCAUCGCCGAGGGCGACGACGGUGCUGACAUAACGGGAAGCUGGGUGCACCCUGGCGAAUAUGCCUCCUCCGUUAACGACAACUACUUCGGAAUGGGCAAAGAAGUGGAGAACCUAAUCUUGGAGAAUAAUGAACUGCUCGCUACAAAGAACGCUCUGAACGUAGUGAAGGACGACCUCAUAGUGAAAGUGGACGAGCUGACCGGCGAGCAGGAGAUCCUCAGGGAGGAAGUGUCGAACCUCAGCGCGGCGAGGGAGAAGCUCAGGGAGAAAGUCACCCAGCUCGAGGAGGAGUUGAGACAUUUGAAGGAGACGGUCAGCAACAACGCGGGCGGCGAAAAUGAGGACGAAGCCGACGUGCCCAUGUCGCAGCGGAGGCGGUUCACGCGCGUCGAGAUGGCCAGAGUGCUCAUGGAGAGGAACCAGUACAAGGAGCGUUUCAUGGAGCUACAGGAUGCCGUACGCUGGACGGAGAUGGUGCGCGCGAGCCGCGUCGACUCCACCAUGGACAAGAAAAACAAGCAGAGCAUAUGGAAGUUUUUUAGUAACCUCUUCAGCGGGAACGAGCGGCCCGCGCGGCCCCUAUCCACGCCGCACCUGCGCGCGGUCGCCGCACCGCAGUCCGGCAUGCGGCACUCCCGUACCCAGGCGGACUUCCUCGAGACGCAGCUCACCGACCACCACCACCGCCGGCACGAGCGCAGCGAGCAGUUCCGACAGGUGCGGGCUCAUGUGCGUAAAGAGGACGGCCGAACGCAGGCGUACGGUUGGAGCCUGCCGGGCAAGACGGGGCAGGGUCAGAAGGGGCCAAGUCCGUGCACCUCCCUCUCCUCUGGCGGCGUUCCAGUGCCCGUUCCCGUGUUCUGCAGGCCCAUAGCGGAAAGCGAGCCUCGUAUGACGCUGCUGUGCGCUGCGGGAGUGAACCUCAGCGGCGGGCGCACCCCGGAUGGUGGCUGCAUGAUCGGUGAGAGCGUCUUCUACGCCAAAGAGGACGACAAGGACAACACGCUGUGUCUUGCGGAAGAAAUGAGCAAAGCGUCGCUGCACUCGCCCGAAGUGGAGCAGAUCAACCGGCAGCUGCAGUCGACGCAUAGCCUCGAGCACUCGGAGAAGAAUCUCUCUUCCUUCGUGUGGAUAUGCGCCAGCACGCAGAACAAGGGAGUUGUCAUGAUUAUCGACGCUAACAACCCCGCGGAAGUGCUAGAAUCCUUCCCACUAGGCGACAAGCACAUACUGUGCGUGGCGUCCGUGCCGGGUGCCGUCGCGGACGACUACACCGAGUACGAGGAGCGCAUGAGCGAGGGCGAGCACAAGCGGCACUCGUCACUGUUCUGUGUUGGCAAGAGCGAGUCGCAGGACAGCCAGAGCAACGGGCCGGUCGGCGAGAACGGCGAGAAGGAGGUCGUCGUUGGUGCUACUAGAUUGGUGCAAGCAACACUGUUAACGCCUCCCACGACGCCCGUUGCUGAACCGGAGCCGGCGCCGUCCGGGCCGCCCAAAGAGUCCGCCGUCAAGAACGUCGAGGAACCAGACACCGGCGCGCCGGAUAGUCCGCCGCUCAGCUCCACGCCAGUUAACAACGAACACCUAGGCUCCCCCGAGCCGGGCGUAGACGCGUUCGCUCAAGAGCAGUCGAACGCAGAGAGCCGCGCGGACGUGCCCGACCGCAAGAUGUCCACCGUGAUGGCCACCAUGUGGCUCGGCACCAAGAGCGGCCACUUGUACGUGCACUCAGCCAUGGGCAACUACAGCAAGUGCCUCGCCAGGGUAAAAUUAAACGACGCCAUACUAUCCAUAGUAGCGUGCGCGUCACGUUGCAUGGUCGCCCUAGCGGACGGUACAGUGGCCAUAUUCAUGCGACAAGCAGACGGACAAUGGGACUUCACGCAAUACUGGCUCAUGACGCUUGGUGACCCCAAGUGCUCUGUGCGCUGCCUAAGCGCGGUAGGGUGCACGGUGUGGUGCGGGUACCGCAACAAGGUGCACGUGAUCGACCCGCGGUCCCGGCAGGCGCUGCACUCGCUCGACGCGCACCCGCGCCAAGAGAGCCAGGUGCGGCAGAUGGCCGCCGACGGGGACGGAGUAUGGGUGUCAAUAAAAAUGGACUCAACUCUGCGCUUGUACCACGCGCAUACCUACCAACACCUGAAGGAUGUAGACAUCGAACCAUACGUUAGCAAAAUGCUGGGCACCGGCAAACUAGGUUUCUCUCUGGUCCGUAUCACGGCGCUCCUCAUCAGCUCGGGCCGUCUGUGGAUCGGCACCAGCAACGGCGUCGUCAUAUCCGUGCCCCUGUCGGAGGGCAGCCGCGAGCCUGCGCCGGCCGCCGGCUCCUUACCGGGUCACGCAUCCCUAGUACGAGCGCGGUCCACGUCCCCAACCGGUGCCAUCCCGUGGUGCUCCAUGGCGCACGCGCAGCUCUCGUUCCACGGGCACCGCGACGCCGUGACGUUCUUCGUGGCGGUGCCGGGCGCGGCCGACUCCCCCGCGCGCUCGCCCGACUCGCGCCGCGGACCGCCCAUGCUCGUCAUAUCCGGCGGGGAGGGGUACAUCGACUUUAGAAUAGCCGACUCAGAAAUGGAGGACAGUGUGGUGGUGGCCGAGGACGGGUCCUCAAGCGGGCACAGCUCCCUGGCGGAGCGGGCCUCCAAGAGCCACCUCAUCGUGUGGCAGGUGGCCACCGCCUAACGCACGCCGCGCCGGCGGCUCGCGUCCGAUGACUUCGUCUACGUGUGCACCACCGCUAAACCGGCGACGCUCAUCAUGUGAAUAGGUAAUAUCAACUGUUGCGCGCACCUGACUGAUCGACUUUACGUGUGUACGAGUUUGAAUCUUAGCCUGAUGGAAUUAAAGGUGAAAACGCAUUAAGACGUAGC